AUGACGUACAGGAAGCCAAUUGUUACAAGGGCUAAUGUGAUUUGGCCAAGUUGCAGUGAAGGAAAAUGGGCUAGCGACCCAGCCAUGCUGAAUGCGGCUCGCGUUUUCUUGGCGCUCCGCAGUCUCUCUCUGCUGGGCGCUGUGCGUGAGCAGGAGGUCUCCGACUGGACGCUGUUGCCAGACGAGGUUGCCGACAGCACCCCGUCGGAGGAGACCAACAAGGUGGCAUCCAGCAUGCUAGCAGCCGGCGCUUUGAACACGCAGUGCGAUCCGGCACAGGAGAAGGCGUCACUCCAGGAAGUCCUGCGGAAGCUCGGCUACGCGUCGGAGGUCCCGGACAAGUAUUGUGGUUGGACCCGGGUCAGCUGCGGCUCCGGACCCAGCAGCGAAUGCGUCAUAGCCAUCUCGCUGAGGGACCAAGGCGUGGACGGCCAGGUGCCCAAAGAGCUGGUCAAGCUGCGAGGACUCCAGUAUUUAUACUUCAGCAACAACCCAAAGCUCGUUGGGGACCUGCAUGACUUCCAACACCUGACUCAGUUGCAGCGGCUGCAUUUGGACCACACCGCAAUCACCGGAAAGCUCGAGGACCUGAAGGCCUCGACAAAGCUGCAAGUCCUGGAUCUGACCGGGACGAAAAUCACUGGAAAGCUCGAGGACGUGCAGAAUAUGCAAGAGCUUCGAGAUCUGCGUCUAAUCCACACUGAGAUCGCCGGAACUCUCCAGGCGCUGCAGGUCUUGAAAACACUGCAAUACCUGGACCUGACCGGGACAAAGGUCUCCGGAGACAUCAACGAGUUGGUGCCUUUGCAGGCAUCAUUUCAGCAUUUGACGGUGGCCCAGAUGACGGGGCGCCUGACGAUGAUGUGGUUUGGGCGGCUGCAGAAGCUGCAGAUCCUGGACCUGAAGGGCAGCAAGGUCGUCCUUGUGCCUGAUGGAUCACCCAUGAUCGAAAUGCAACGCGCAUCUGAAGGCUCUAGGGCGUCGGGUUUUCGGAUACGAGGUGUGCUGCCGGCCUUGAAGCAACUCAGUGUCUCAGGAUGCCCUUUGAAUACUGCGGCUUCGAGUUUCCUGCGAAUGCUGAAGAUCUUUGAGCAUAUAUCUCUAGUGGAUGCGGCAGGCUGCAACCUCACGGGUGACCUGUUUUUGUCCAAAUGGACAGUAAGGGUCCAGGUGCGGGAGGUGGUCGAGGUGCUGGAUCUGUCCAAAAACCGCAUCAAACAAGUUGCUGGCGUGCCCGCCGCCUUCCUCUCCCUGGCGGAGAACGAGCUGCCCUUGAGUUUCCAACCAGGGGUUUUGACAAACGCGGUCGAGCGCGGGAGUCGAUUGGAUCUCACAGACGUCAACCUUGCCAACAAAACCGAAGCACAGGAGCUUGUGAGGCAGGGGAAGGUGAGCCUGACGCCCAAAAGAGUGGCAGAUGACGCAGACCGCGGUUUCAGCUGCUAUGGCUUGAAGGAUGCACCUCUGGACAUCACGCCUUCGCUGUUCCUUCCCGAGCUCUGUGGGUGCCUGCCCGCGUGGCAAGGGACUCAAAUCAACUGCACGAAGUGCGGCCCUGGCAGUUACAACCCCGAGUUCAACCAGACCGAAUGCAAAGUCUGCCCCCAAAACAGCAGCCACAAAGACCACGGAGCCGUGACGAUGCAGAGUUGCCGGUGCGAUGUCGGGAGGAUCUUCGACGAUGGUCACGGCAAGGCCAGCUGCAUGUGCGAAGCGCACGCGGCCCUUUUCCGGGGCUCCUGCGCAGACUGCGGCGAGCUUCACCUGGAGUGCCCGGACCCCGGCAGCAGAGCAGAAACAGCACGGCCGCAGAGGGGCUAUGCCCGCCUCGAGCCCAAUGCCCUCAGUGCUGCGAGGUGUCUGGAGAAGGAACAUUGCGGUGGCCAUGUGAACAGCACAGAGUUGGGAUGCACUUCAGGCCGCACAGGGCCUUUGUGCAUCACUUGCGCGGAGGGCUUCCGCAGCAGUGGAGGCCAAUGCACGGAGUGUGGCAAGGCCGCGAAGAUUGAGCGCUGGCCUAUGGCAGCGGCCGCCGCGUUGCUGCUGGUUGUGGCAGGGUCCGUGGUCGCCUGGAGAAGGAGCCGCGCCGAGGAAACCGCACCAUCGCUGACGGCGCCGCCGAGCCUUUUUGACGCCCUGGGGCCGCUGCUGCUGGCUCAGGGCCCUGUGCUGCUGCAGCUGCUCCAGCUCUGGGGCGUCCUCGCUGCGCUGCAGGACUCGAGCGGCGGCCGGACGGAGAAGGUGGAGUGGGAUCAGGAGUUCGUGCAAUGGCUGCAGUUUACCGCGAGCGGAGUGCGCGAUGCACUGAGCCUCGAGUGCAUCGACGGCAGGAUGGCCGGAAGGGUGGGCGCCUUUGCUUCGCCCUGCCUUCCUCUGCUGCUCCUGGCGCUCUGUGGACUCGUUGAAGCCCUGCUCCGGGGCCAAGGCGUCAGUUUGGCGCUCAAGGUCCUGUCCGUGUUUUUCAUCGGCGGCGCCUCGAGCUGUGCGAAACUCCUCGAGUGCCAGAGGGUGGACGGAGGUGGCUCGUCUUUGGGUGACUUUGCCUUUCGGUCUGCACUGCCUCACUUGAGGUGUUCGGACUCUCACGAGGAAGCGCUCUGGGCAAACUACAUAGGGUGGGGAUGCUUCGCCUCCUACAGCUUGCUGAUCCCCAUCUUCCUCGUCUACUUGAUCGUCAGACAGAGAAAGGUCAUGACACCCGUUGACCACUUCGUCUGUUUCGCCACAGCAGACCGAGAAAAGAGGAACUUCCAGGUGAGCGUGCGCCCGUCGCUGGAAGAAGAUGACAGAACUCGGGCAGCCACCGAGGACAAGGACGACGCCAAGGAAGCCAUGUUUGCCGAGUACCUCAUGGCAGCAGCACUGGCCCACAGUGCCAUCUACUUACACGGCCGAAUCCGCCUACAGCGGACUGCAGAUGCUAUGAAGAUGGAGCAGAUCGAGCCUCAGCCGGGAGCUGCGGAUGAAUCUCAGCUAGACGUGACCAGCAUGAUGUCAGUGCUGGACCAGAGCGAUGUGCACAAGAGUCGCUGCCGAGCCCUCACGAGGAUGCUGGCGGAGAGGCAGAUAUUGGAGCAAGAGGAGUCCGACCGAAUCUUGAUGGGCGCUAAGGAGAUUUUCUUCAAAUACGCCACAUGUGAGAACGUAUGGCUGGAAGUUGCCAUGAAGCUGAUUUCUGGUGCAGUGGUCGUUGUGGUGGCCAUCAAAUCCUUGAUGAUGACGCUGCUGUUCACCAUGGGCACAGCCAUCCUCUUCGGCUACCAGAAGCCGUACCGGCAGCAUCAGGUGAAUGACUUGCAAAGUUGCUGUUUUUUAUGUUUGUCGGUGUCAGCCGUGGGCUUCGCGAUCGACCAGAUGUGGCUCGCCCGGUGCGCAGUCGCGCUGCCCUUUGCCCUGGCAGGGGCGCAGUUGCUCUUCCCAGAUGGCCCGGAAGCGCUGGCGCUCCGCCUUUUCGAGGCGGCGACGCUCUCCUCUGCCAGCGAGAGCGGGAAGGAGGCUGGCCGGGCGCGCUGGCCGGAGCUGCGGCCUGGGGGCUCUCUGGAGCUCUGCGUGAAGCCGGUGGGGAUCAGCUUCUGGUGA